AUGACACGCUAUACACCCGUGUCCGAUUUUUACUUUGUAGAUCGUUUACGUAACGGCAACUCUUCCCUACGUCUUCCUGACCGUCAUAUUUAUCAGAGGAUGCACUCUACCAGGCGCCUGGACCGGGUUGAAGUUCUACAUCGUACCCAGUUGGGACAGCUUAAUGAAAAUCCAAGUUUGGAUUGCAGCUGCCACUCAGAUAUUUUAUUCCCUUGGACCGGCUUGGGGUGGUCUCGUCACGUUCGCCUCGUACAAUCAGUACAACCAUAA